AUGGUGAUUGGCAGAUUUCCGUUGGGAAAAAUUGUUGUGUUCGGAAUGAAGCGGGCCAGCUCACCCUUUACUAAGCUUCUAUUGCAUGUUGGAAAACACUAUCCAGUCUUUCGACGUACGGUCAUCCAUCCUCCAGGACAACUAUACCAUGUCAUGGAAACUCGCUCUAAGAUGCGAAUGCUGCAUCUUCCCCAGCCCCGAAAAAUUCCCCCUCUAACAGAUGUACAGGCCACACGAAUGGGUGCCAAUAUUCUAGGCGAGUUCUUUGUAAUGAUCAUUGGUUUAAGCAUUAUUUUUUUCGAGGUGUCGCGACAAAUGCGCAAAGAUAAGAAACUUCAUGAUGAUCAUACCGAGAAGAGAAGAAUCCUAGAUGAACGUCUUGCAAAAAUAGAUUCGGAUGUAGAGCGCCAAGAAAAAGAAAUUGCUUGGCUAAAAAAAAAUCUGCACGUAGAAGGGAUUGGUAAAGACUUUUGUGAGAAAAAAGAAGACUAACCAGCUGUGUAAAAAUUAAUUUGAAUGUAUGUAUAAGUGUAAGCGUCAAAUAAAACUAAGAAAAAACGA